AUGCUCAAACACUUGCUUCUGGCUUCGCUUGCCACAGCGGCAGUCAUACCAAUUGGAGGCGAGCACGCGUUCAGACAGCCGAAUUCCAAGGAGCCCGUGACACAACCUACCCGGCCGCUGGUUUGGGGCGAUUUCAAUGUUUUGCACACCACAGACACCCACGGAUGGCUGGCAGGCCACCUUCUGGAGGCCAAUUUUGGAGCUGAUUGGGGAGAUUUUGUGACGUUUGGUCAAUUCCUUCGCCAGAAGGCAAGGAAAGAGCACAGAGACCUGAUUGUUGUCGACACGGGGGACCGCCAUGACGGAAACGGUCUUGCAGAUGCCAGUGAUCCGACGGGGGUUUAUGCCGAGCGCAUUUUCAAUUACGGCGAUUAUGAUCUCGUGACGAUCGGCAACCACGAAUUGUAUCGUGGCCACAUUGGGCUUCAGGACCGCAAGAUUGUUGGCAAACAUUUCGGUGAGCGGUACGUUGUUUCGAACGUCGAGGUGCUUGAUCCGACAAACGAGUGGGUCAGUAUGGGCCACAAGUAUCGGAACUUCACGACAGAGGGUGGAAGGCGUGUUUUGGGGUUGGGAUUCCUGUUUGAUUUCGACGGAAACGACAAGAUCGUUUUCAAAGUUACCCCCGUAGCCAGUGAGAUUCAAAAGCAAUGGUUUCAAGAUGUGCUGCAAACUAUCGAGUAUUAUGAUGCGGUGGUGAUCAUUGGCCAUAUUCCAGUUCGCGAUUCCCCCGAGUUCCCUAUUCUGUUUGAUGCUAUCCGGAAAGCUCACCCUACCAUCCCCAUCCUAAUGUUUGGGGGCCAUUCCCAUAUUCGUGAUUUCAGAGUAUACGAUAAGAACGCUGCUGCUUUAGAGGCCGGUCGCUAUUGCGAGACAAUUGGAUGGGCGAGCGCUGAUCUCGAAGAUGUUGGGGAUGAUGGAUUAUCCUUUUCCCGCAGCUACAUUGAUUUCAACACCAACUCAUUGGCGUUCCAUGCAGGAGUUCCCCACGACAAGUUCACCAGCCAUUUAGGGCGUCAGGCCUCGAGUGACAUUACUGGAGCUCGUGCGUCACUCAAUCUCGACCAACGCUUAGCCUGCAUCCCUCAAACGUACUAUACAGACCGUGCUCCCUUUCCGUCGUCAAAGUCCAUUUAUACAUUGUUUGAAGACCACAUUUUGAACUUGCUUGAGCCCAGCCUCGUCGACCGAUCGAACGUCCCUCGUUACACUCUUCUCAACACUGGCGCUGUUCGUUUCGAUAUGUUCAAGGGCCACUACACCAAAGAUUCGGGAUACAUUGUUUCGCCAUUCGCAAACAAGUGGGUUUACAUCAAAAGAGUGCCCAAGCACGUUGCCGACGGUAUUUUGCCGGUCAUCAACCAGGAGGACAAGGUAGUGGCAUCACAUACACGCAUGCUGUCACAAGUUGCAUCUGAAGAAGCCCACGCCGAAAGCGUACAUUCCAAGGGCUAUCAUACGUUUGAUGAUUUGGGAGAUGAAGGAGACGACACAAAGCACAUCCCCUGGAAGUUCUAUCCUUUGCCCAAUGCGAUUCAGGCCAAGCGCAAUGUGACGGAUACAACCACACAUGUUGACCUGGUGUUCCACGACUUUAUGGCGCCUUUUGUUGCCAAAGCGUUGAAGAAGCUGGGCCACCAGCAGGCGUUUAAAGUCAAGCCGUACGGCGGCAAGCACAUUAUCGAACUCAUCCCAAUGCACUUUGGCAGCCCCAGCAGUGAACAGUGCCCGUAG